AAAGGGCAAUGACAAGCACUCUCUUCCCGGCCAAUCCUCUUAACGGAUGGGUUAGGCUCGUAAACCAAUCAAAGACCCCCGAAGGGGCGGAGUUUUCCUCGGCUUGGAUCCCUGCCUGGGGGGUAAAAAUAAAGUGUUUCCAUUUUCAGCCAAUCCCAGGGAAGGCAGAAGGCACUCUUCCAAUGGGAGCCGAGGAGCCGUCGGUAGCGGUGGAGGCCUGUGACCCCGCUAGCUCCGGAGCCGGCGGGAGGGAAGCGUCCAGUAUAUUUGCGAGAUCGUGCUGAGGGCCCCUGACAUCUCUUCGCGCCUGGCAGCAGCGGCGCCGACGGCUAGAGGUGUCUGGUCAGCGGGUGGUGGAGGAUCGUACGGGUAGCCGAGGGAGGGCGAGUGCUCCUGAGAUCCCCAGACGGCGCCCAGGUAAAGUCUGCCAGGUUUCUCCACUGUAGUUACAGCCAUGCACCACAUAAUGAUGUUUUGGUCAAUGAUGGACACGGAUAUGACAGUGGUCUCAUAUGAUUCAAUUGACUAGUAACGUCAUAGUUGUCUUAGUUCGUGACAGCAAUGCUGGAUAGAGAAUUAAUAGUUGACAGUCUUUUUGUUACUUCAUUUUGAAGAUAUCAUCACACCAUCUUCUGACCUCCAUGGUAUCUGAUGAGGAAACAAACUUAUUGAAAGUCCCUUGAAUGUGUGCUGUAAUCUCUCACCUGGUUUCCUUAGCUCUAGUGAAGGUAUUUUCAUGCCUGGAUAGUUCAAAUUGAUGUUUCUACGGGGGGACGAGUGCUGGAAAACCCUAUUCUGCCAUCUUGCUGACGUCCGGACUCCCAAGAACAUGCAUCAUUAUUAGAAUCAUCACCCUGCAGCUAGCUUGGACAUCAUUAGAAGGGCAACAAACGGAUAGAAGUAUCUGAUAUUCGGGAAGACAGAGUUUCAGGGCUUCUACCUGGAGCUACACCCUCCAGAAGCCCCUGCUUGGCCACCCUGCACCCAGCCCCAUCCUAACCAGUCACAACUUGGGCUCUGCAUGGUGCUUCUUGGAAACUGCAACACAGACUCCUCCAGCAGCUCCACAUGUCCCUUGUCCUCAAAUGAGCAGAAGACUUCAGAAGCUGGCUACUGAAGAGGCUGUCCAAGUGGUAGAUCACCUCCUUGGUCCUGCUUAGCACAUUUACCACAGAGCAGUAACUGAAAGCUGGAUAUUGCUUAUUUGUGCUUACCACCUGCAGGGACUGCAGAGGGAUUUGUCAGACCCCACUUCACUAAGGGCCACUCUCUAAGGAUCUCCAGAGAAGGCUAGGAUCUCCAGAGAGGUGGUCUUCCUAGGGUCUGCACUGCCUCAGGUCCUACCUGGCUACCUCUAGGGCUGAGGGAACCAGUAUCUCUUUACCAGCCUGUAAUCCAUAAACCAACUGGAAAAUUCUGCCUGCUGUUUUUGUUCUUUUGGUAUGAAAGAGUUUUAAUAUACUGCUUCAGUUUCUUAAGUAGUUAUAGGACUGUUGAGAAUUUCUUUUUCUUCUUGAGUCAAUUUUGGUAAAAUAGUUUCCUAGGAAUUUGUCCAUUUUUGUCUACGUUUUUGAAUUCAUUAGCACACAGUUCCUUUAUUUUUUUAGUUCUCUGUAUAUAAUCUGUAGCUAUGUCUCCUUUUUCAUUGCUAAUAUUGGUUAUUUGUGCCUUCUCACUUUUUUUCUUGAUCAAUCUCACCAGAGGUUUGUCGAUAUUAUUAGUAUUUUCAAAGAACCAGCUUUUGGCUUUGUUGCUUCUCUCUAUUGUAUCUUUGUUUUCUAUUUCUUUAAUUUCUGCUCUUAUCUUUUUUGAUCUCCUUCCUUCCACAUUUUUUGGGUUUAUUCUGUUAUUCUUUUUCUGAUUUCUUAAAUUGCACAUUUGAGCUCAUUAAUUUUCAAUCUUUCUUGUUUACUAAUUUGUGCAUUUAAGGAUGUGAAUUUCCCUCCAAAUACUGCUUUUCUACAAGUUCAGAUAUGUAGUAUUUUCAUUACUGUUCAGUUCUGAGUACAUGAACAUUUCCAUCACCAUUACUUCUUUGAUCCACGAGCUAUAGAAGUGUGUUUUUAAAUUCCUUAAAUGUUUGGAGAUUUAAAAUUUUACCUCUUUGUUAUUGAAAUCUCUCUUAAUUGCUUUAUGAUCAGAUGAUGUGGUCUGUGUGCUAACAACACUUUGAAAUUUAUUGAGUCUUGUUUUAUGACUUAAACAAGUAUGCAAUCAACAGUUUUUAUUGUUUCCUGUGUGCUUUAAAAGAAUGUGUGUUCUCCAAUUGUUGAAUACAGAGUUCUACAUAUGUCUAUUAUCAAGUUUGUUAACUAUGUCGUUCAAGUAUUAUUUUUCUAAACUGAUCCUUUUGGUCGUGAUCGAUUAGUAAUUGAAAAAGGCAUGUUAGUAUUGAAUGAUGAUGGUGGAUUUGUCAAUUUCUCCUUGUGGUUCUCUCUCUUUUUUGUGGCUUAUGUAUUUUAUUAGGAAUAUACAAAUUAAUAAUUGUUAUAUAUUUCUGGUAAAUAUGUAACACCCCUCUCUAUUCCUAAUAAUGCAUUUUUCCUCAGAGUCUACUUAAUCUUGUAUUAAUGUAGCAGCACAAACAUUUUGUCUUGUUAGGAUUUGUGUGGCAUAUAAUCUUCUAUCCUUUUAGUGUGGAGCAUUUUUGUGUCUUUAUGUUUUAAUUAUAUCUCUUGGAAACUACAUAUAGCUGGACAUUUUUAAAAAAUCAAAAUUAUUACCUCUGUCUUUUAAUUGAAUUUGUUUCUACCAUCACACUUUCUUAUUUCUGUUUUCUACCACCAUUUUCUUUAAUUGUUAUUUUUUAAAUGAAUCAAUUAAUUUCUUUAUUUUUGCGGUGCUGGGAGCCAAACCCAGAAUCUCACACAUACCAGAGUCUCACUCCACCACUGAGGUACAUCCCCAUUCCCUAUCACUGCUUUUUGCAUGCUUCAUUUUCUCUUUUCUCACCUGCUCUUUUGGUUCUAAGAUUUGUUUUCUUACUAUAUUUUCCCCUCCCUAUUGCUUGGAUUUCUUUUUCUAUUCUUUCUGUGGUUAUCCUUGAAAUUUUACCAUGUGUGUUUAACUUAAACUUCUUUUAAAGUUGAACAGUAUUUUAAUCCCCUCUUGAAGAAUGCAGGAAACUUAGAAACCUUCAAUUUUAGUCAUUACCCUUCUGACUACAUACCAUUAUUUGCAAAUAUGUCAGUUUCUUCUUUUUUUUUUGUCCUAACCUCACGAUUGUACGUCGUCAUCCUCAGUAUUAUAUUACAUAGACAGUAUUUGUUUGAACUUACAUGCAUCCAUUCUUACAUCUCAGACCAUCCUUCUAGAAUCAUUUUCUUUCAUUAUGAAUAGAAUUUAAACGUUCUUUUAGCACAAGUCUCUUGGUGUUAAAUUUUCCAAAUAUUUGUUAUAUGUAAACGACUUUAGUUUAUUCUCAUUCUUAAAAGAUAGUUUUUUACAGUACUUAGAGAGAAUAUGAUCUCGUCCUCUUUUAGGUUUGAAAAGUCUUCUUUGUUGCUGUUAAGAAGUACACUGUUGAGCUAGGAAUGUAGCUCAGUGGUAGAGCACUUGCCUAGAAUGUGCAAGAUCCUGAGCUUAAUCUCUAGCACUGCAAAAAAAAAAAAAAAAAAAAAAGAAGAAGAAAAAGAAGCACACUAGCACACUAUCAGUCAUCUAAACAUAUUUAGGUAUACAUUUCUUUUCAUGUAUUAUACAUACUUUGGAAAUGUGUUUCAUGGCUCAGUAUAUUCAUGUUUUUUAUAGUUUCUGGGAGAUUCUCAAUCAUUAUCUCCUCAAAUGUUGUCUCUCUUUCAUUCUAUUUUUUAUUUCUCACAAUCUAGCCAUUCAUAUUUUGGAUCUCCAAUCUGUCUUCCAUAUCUCAUAACGUCUCUUUAAUAUUUUCUGUCUUCUUGUACUUCAUUUUGGGCAAUUUCUUCAGAUAUAUCCUUUAGAUUUUUCUCUUCUGCUAUGUCUAAUCUGCUAUUCAAUCUUUCCAUUGAGAUUUUAUUUCAAAAACUAUAUUUUAAUUAGUACAAGAUCCAUAUACUUUACUUUGUAAUUGCUUAGUCAUCCCUUGUAGUCUCUUAUUGUUUAUUCACCUUUGUGAUUACAUCUGUUACUUCUUCAAAUAUUUUAUACAAUUUUCAUUCAACUAGUAGUCACUGUUUGCAUGAAUGUAGUACUGUAAAUGUUGUUCGUGUCUAAACCACAUAAUACAUUCUGAUUACGUAUUCUGUGUUGUAUACCUUUUUGUUUUCCUGGGAGCUAAUGUUUUGUUUUCUUUUGCCUUAAGUUUUAGUACCUUUUAGAAAUUCUUCUCUGAAUUAUUUUUUAAAUCCAAAUCAGACAUGUCCCUUUUCUGCUUGAAAUUCUCCUGUAGAUUCCACCUCCCUCAGAACAAGAGCCACAGCCCUUACCAUGGCCCAAGUGUACCUACCCAAUCUGGUUCCUCUUACCUCUCUGACUUCAUCUCUUGUCACUCUCCUCAUCACUCAUUCUUCUUCAGCCACACUUGUCUUCUUUCUGUUCCUCAAGCAUGCUAGGUAACCUCCCUCUGUAGGGCCCUUGUGCUUGCUAUUCUCACUGCCUAGAACAUCCCUCCUCCCAAAUAAUCUGAUGACUUGCCCAAGUAUUUCCAUUAUGUUCAAAUGUCACCUCCCUAGAGAAGUAUUUCCUGAUCAACAUAUAUAAAACAGCCCCAUUCGCCUCCAUUUUCUUUCUCCUUACAUACUUUGUUAUAUCUUUCUACGAAGCACUGAUCACCACCUGAUAUACUUUAUAUUUAUUUAUUGUGAGUAUGUUUGUCUCUUUCCCAUAGACUGUAAGCUCCACAAAGCAGGGACUUCUGUUUUGUUCGCUGCUGUAUCCCCAGUGCCAAGAAGAGUGCAUCGUAAUAUUUAGUAGACAAUAAAUAUUUGUGGAAUAAACUGAAUGAAUGAAUGAGUGAAUGACUUUAUUAAUUAAUGUGAAAGAGAGAGAGAAGAGAGAGAGAGAAUGAAUGAGAAUAUAUAUGAGAAUGAAUAUUGCUUUGGGAAGUAGGCUAGGCCUGAAGGACAUCCUAAGGAGCUUGGAUACCAUAGUUCACAAGGUUGGGGGCUGGGAAGAAGGAGUGAGGAUAGCUUCUGGGUUAUUUUGGGAAUCAAGAUCUCACUUGGUAAUAAAAGCCCCAUGUUCUCUAUGACUGGCCCUACAAUCUAGGGCUCCUGAAAGCAGGCCUGCCUCUGUCUCAACCAGCCCUCAAACUCUUACUCAGUGGAAGCCAAAGCCCCAGAUUGCAUAGGGAUCCUAGCUAGCAUUCUCCUUUCUUUUGUCCUCUGAGGAACUGUUUCUUGGUUCUCAAGCCAAGGGAUCACCCAUGUUAGACUUUCUAUCUAUGGUACUUGAGGGGAGGGAAUAGUGAAGAAGCUGAUAAAUCUCUGGUAGAUAGUUAAGUGCUGGUAUAAUGAUGAACACUAAGUUUUGGACAAAAAGGACUUUUAUCACUGUCCAGGUGGUAAUGGUCUCUGGGGUUCUAGCCCUGACUUUGCCCCUAACCCCCUUGGGAACUAGCCUGGCUUCACUGUUACUGCCUGUGCAUGACUAGAUACUAGUUCUGUUGUCUAACAUGUGCCCUAUGCCCCAUCCCCACAUUUUUUGUCACCCGCUAAUUUCAUCAGAAUAUCAUCAAUACAAACAGAGCCUUGUGGCAUGCUAGUAGAGACCUCUUUCUUCAUGCCAGCAUUAGUCAUUAGCACACUGGGUUUAACCAGUUCAGUUGAGCAAAAUUUGACCACUAUGUUUUGGCCUUCUGCUGUACAUCAGACACAGAAAUAAACCAGGGUGUAUUCCCAGAUACAGCACCAUAAUUUCAGGGCAGUAUGAUCAGUACAGUGGUGGGCAUAGUAGACUGUAAAACCCCCUAAGGAACACGCAGCCCAUCUCAGGAGGCCAGGAAGAUUUCUUAGUAGAAAUGGCAUAGGAAAUGAAUCUUAAAUGAUGAGUAGGAGUCUUCUAGUUGAUUAAUAAGGGGAAGAUGGGCUGGGAAUGUAGCUCAUUGGUACAGUGCUUGCCUGGCAUGCACAAAGCCCUGGGUUCAAUCCCCAGCAUCACAAAAGAAAAAAAAAUCAAACAAGGGGAGGAGAGGGUGGUCCAGGCAAAAGAUACAUCAUGGCAAUGAUCCAAAGACAAGAAGCAACAUGGUAUGUACCAAGCUGCCUCAUGUUUCACCCAUUUUCCCAAAAGACCAUCCUAGGAGACUUUGAUACACACCAAAAUUCAGACAUUAAGAGUUUGGGGCUGGAGAUGCGGCUCAAGUGGUAGCAUGCUCGCCUGGCAUGUGCGGGGCACUGGGUUCGAUCCUCAGCACCACAUAAAAGUAAAAUAAAGAUGUUGUGUCCACUGAAAACUAAAAAAUAAAUAGUAAAAAAUUCUCUCUCUCUCAAAAAAAGAGUUUGUACCCUCCCUGAUGUGAAAAUCUGAUAAAUAUUCAUAAAGUUAGUGAAAAGUUGGUCUGACCUGUCUAUGAGCUUAAUAUGACUAUAAGUUUCCAGUAUUCCUGUUUUCCUUAUGUAGAUCAUGGAGUUUAUAUGACUAGCUUCUUUUAGAACUCCCCUAGGUUUAGGCUCACUCCUACUGUCCUGGAGAUUAUAGAAUCUUCCUCAGGCAUGUCUUUCUUUUCUUUGGUACCAGGGAUUGAACCCAGGGGUGCUUAACCAUUGAGCCACAUUUCCCAGCCCUUUUUUAUAUCAUAUUUAGAGAGAGGGUCUCACUGAGUUGCUUAGGGCCUCACUAAGUUGCUGAAGCUGGCUUUGAACUUUUAUCCUCCUGCCUCAGCCUCCUGAGCUGCUGGGAUUACAGCUGAGUGCCACCAUGCCCAGAAGCCCCAUGUUUUUCUGACUCCUGACGCCUGCCAUGGAAUAGAAACCCUUAUCCUUCAGGAAAUAGACUGGGCCUUGGUCUUGAGCUUUAUUCAGAACCAUAAUAAUCCAGGAGAAGUAUGUAGUAGAGUCCAGCAGGCCCUGUUUCAAUUUUAUUAAUUUUUUUGGUACCAUGGAUUGAACCCAGUGGCACUUUACCGCUAAGCUACAUCCCCAGCCCUGUUUAUUUUUUAUUUUGAGACAGCAUCUCACUAAGCUGCUGAGUCUGUACUCAAACUUGCAAAUCACCUGCCUCCACCUCCUGAGUUGCUGGGAUUACAGGCAUGAAGCACCACACCCAGCAAGAACCAGAAACCCUUUGGUAUCCAGGGCUGACUUGAUAGACGUGAGAACUGCACAGUGGGGCAGGGACCCCACACUUGGUUUAGUACUUCAUUGAAGUUCUGCUGUUACAUUUUUGGCAAUUCUGAGGAUCCAACCCAAGGCUUUCCUCGUGUUAGGCAACUGCUCUGCCUCUAUGCUACAUCCCCAGCCCUCUGGUAGGCCCAGUUUCUAAGCAUGGAACUCCUACAUCUUGGUUAUUUGAAUGUAGCUAAGACACCUGCCAUCUACCUUGAUAGUUGCUGUUGCUGUUAGAGCAGAUAUACACCUGGCCAUUAUUUAUUGAAUACCUACUACUAUUGCUAUGAAAGGGAGAGCAGUCUAGGAUUCAGAGUAUGAUCUGUAGAUCCAGAACAAUGUGAAUUUGAAUUAAAGUUCAACUAGUUAUUGAUGUGAUUUGGAUCAAAUUUUGUAACACUUUAACCUUAGUAGUUUUAACAUUUGUAAAAUAAGGUUAAUGUACCUACCUCAGAGUUCUUUGUGUGUUAUAAUAGCACAUAACAUGCAAGAUGGGGCCUUCACAGGCACUAGGCCCCUCCCCACCCUGCCCUCUGGAAAGACUUCCUUCCUCAGCCUCUUCUUCUUUCUAUGGCUCUUAAAGAGGACCCCACUUCCCCCUUGAAGUCACAGGGCCACUUUCUUAUGGGAACUUCUUGAUGGUACAUAGCUUUCACAUUUGAAUUAAACCCAACUUUUUAUGUUAUAUUUAAUCUUAUUCAUUCUGGAUUUAGUUUGCUAAUAGAUUCUUUAGGAUUUUUGUGUCUUUGGUCAUCUACUGUAUUUGUCUGGUCAAAAUUAUAGUCAUCUCAUUUAGUAAAUUAAUGAGUUUUCUAGAAUUGGCUCAAAUCAUCUAAAUUUUCAAAUUAAUUAUAUUCUCUUAUUUUAAAAUUUUUGCUAUAACUUUUACAUUGUUUAUAGUAUUCAUGCAUUUUUUUCUCUUUUUAAAAUUAGUCCCUCCAGAGAUGGUUUUGGUAGUUAGCCUUGACAUUUUUUUAAAAGUUUGGGCUUUUUGUACCAUUAUUUUAUUUAUUUAUUUUUAUGUGGUUUUGAGAAUCGAACCCAGUGCCUUGCACAUGCUAGGUGAGCAUUCUGCUGCUGAGCCACAACCCCAGCCCCUAGCCUUGACAUUUUACCAUACAGAUUUAACCUGAAAUUUAAAGUUAGACAUUACCAUAAUCCCCACCCAAACAAUACAAAAAAAUUGUAAAACUCUAAUGUCUCCUAACUUUCAUAUUAUUGUGUCUACUAUUUUAGUUCUUUAAAGGAAGACAUUAUCACAGAAAAUACACAUUAACAAUAUCAUUUUGUGCAGACAGUGUUUAGUUUUAAAUAUUUGUUUGCACUUUUAUUUCCCCAUCUUCUAAACCUCAACCCUAACUUUUGGGGAUGAGUCUCCUUCUUGAAAUAUAUACUUUAGAAGCUCCUUUAGUGCAGAUCACUUAAUAGGAAACUCUCUCAGUCUGGGUUUAUCUAUAAAUUCCCUUUUUAAACUUUAUUCUUCUUUAAAGAUAGAUUUUUGGGGGGAGGGGUACCCAAUGCUAAAUUACCUCUCUUUCUUCUUAACACUUAGAAGAUAUGGCACUGUCUUCUAGGUUCCAUUAUUACUGUUGCAAAGUCUGAUGUCAGUAGAAAUGGUUUUUGCUAGUGUUCUUUUUUCUUGGGCAGUUUUGAAGAUCCUUCUUCGA